AGAUGGCAGCCCAGAAAAUAAACGAAGGGCUGGAGCACAUCGCCAAAGCAGAGAAAUACUUGAAAACUGGUUUUUUAAAAUGGAAGCCAGAUUAUGACAGUGCUGCUUCUGAAUAUGGAAAAGCAGCUGUUGCUUUUAAGAAUGCCAAACAAUUCGAGCAAGCAAAAGAGGCCUGCCUGAGAGAAGCUGUUGCACAUGAGAAUAACAGGGCUCUUUUUCAUGCAGCCAAAGCUUAUGAACAAGCUGGCAUGAUGUUGAAGGAGAUGCAGAAACUACCAGAGGCAGUUCAACUAAUUGAGAAAGCCAGCAUGAUGUACUUGGAGAAUGGUACCCCAGACACUGCUGCCAUGGCCUUAGAACGAGCUGGGAAGCUUAUAGAGAAUGUGGAUCCAGAAAAAGCAGUACAGUUAUAUCAACAGACGGCUAAUGUGUUUGAAAAUGAGGAACGCUUACGACAGGCAGUUGAAUUACUAGGAAAGGCUUCAAGAUUGCUAGUACGAGGACGCAGGUUUGAUGAGGCGGCACUGUCUAUUCAGAAAGAAAAAAAUAUUUAUAAGGAAAUUGAGAAUUAUCCAACUUGUUAUAAGAAAACAAUUGCUCAAGUCCUCGUUCAUUUACACAGAAAUGAUUAUGUAGCUGCAGAAAGAUGUGUCAGGGAAAGCUACAGCAUACCGGGAUUCAAUGGAAGUGAAGACUGUGCUGCACUGGAACAGCUUCUUGAAGGAUACGACCAGCAAGACCAGGAUCAAGUCUCUGAGGUCUGCAAUUCUCCACUUUUCAAGUACAUGGAUAAUGAUUAUGCUAAACUGGGCCUAAGUUUGGUGGUUCCAGGAGGGGGAGUGAAGAAGAAAUCACCAGCAACACCCCAGGCUAAAACUGCAGGCUCCAUGGCCACAGCUGCCGAAGAGGAGGAAGACGAGUAUUCUGGAGGACUGUGCUAG